AUGGCCGCUAAUGACCGAGAGUCGGCAACGUCUACGCCUUCGGCUCUAGAAACCGCCGGCGAGGACGGUCCUCUGCUCGUCAAUAUUCACUUUGUCUCCCCAUCCGAAGGCGUCCCCGAUGACCUUGACUUUCAAGGCCUCCCAGCUACGACGACGGUCGGGCAAUUAAAGGACAAGAUCCGCGAUGUUCUUACGAUGCACCCGGCUCACGACGAGCAACGCAUCAUCCACCAAGGCCGAUUGCUCGCCAGCGAGAGUGCUACUUUACUAGACGUCUUUGGUGAGGAGAAGCUUCGCACAGGUGGCCAACAGCCUCUCCAUCUUGUAGUCAGAACCUCCAACCACCACCCGGCUACUUUCUUCUCUCAACCAGCACCGGUUUCAGGCCAAACUGCUCUAACGGGGCAAACAACAACGCAGCAGGACGCCUCAUCACAGAACGACUGGCGUGCUGACGUACAACGGAUGCAAGCCCGGAUUGACGCUUUGCGAAAUUCGGCUCCUUCCGGAGUACCACCAGCUACAGAUGAACAGAUUCGAAAUAUCAACGAAUACCUGACCGGUCCCGCAGUCAGAACAUCAACAUCUGGUCCGACGAACGGGACAACUACAGAGCCCCAAGAACAGUCCCAACCGCAGAGACAACAAGCGGAGGUGUAUAUUCUGUCCUCUCCUAGCGGCCCAAGAGGUCUUUAA